AUGGCCAACGGGAUACAGAAGCCGAAACCGCAACAGCUCAAAUUCACGACCUCGGCUCUUCUUACGUUGGAGCAACAAAACAAAGAAAAAGCCAUCGACCACUGUGCCAUGCUUACUCCGACAAGAUAUUCAGAACGAGAGAAACGAUACCCAACCAAAUUAUCAAGACACUUUGCAUCGCGUCAUCAAAAGCGUCAGAGACGGGGACCGAAACCAUCCUUGAACAAGCAAGGUUUCUUGAUGCCAGCCUGUGUCGCGGGCCUUGUCUUCACCAUUCUCCAGAAUCCGGCAUACAUCCGUUCUCGCCACAGCACACCUGAGCAAGAAUGCCAUGCCCUACCCAUCUACGCUCUGAUCGGCAAAACCGGCGUAGGCAAAAGCAGCUUCAUAAAGGCACUGGGAGGAAACAACAGCCACGGCCAUGAAGCCAUAGUAUGCCACAGCAUGGAAUCAUGUUUUGACGACAAUCGCCCAAACAUGAGUGACGAGAAAAUCAUGCGUCAGCUAUUCUUCAAAUUCUCGGAUNUCGAUGGCACGAACUUGAUCAAGGAAUUGGUGUACAUGCACGACAUCAGCCAAACACGUUUGGGUGGCCUAGAGUCGCGGCAUGUCCAACUAUUCGAAAAGCUGUGCGGACACGAGAACUAUGAACAGGUUGUGCUGGCAACGACAAAAUGGCUUCGCUUACCCACGUGGGACGGAGAGCAGCGUGAAAUGCAACGUGAGAGCGAGUUGCGCAACAAGUACUGGAAGAAUAUGACGGAUCUCGGGACGCACGUCGAGCGCUGUGACGGUAUGGAAGCCGGCGCUCGCUGCGUGCUGAGUAUCCUUGAGAAUCGACCUAAAUUG